AUGGCUUCUGUAGCUACAACCGGUCAUCUUGGAAUAGCGCCUGUCUAUGGCUCCAAAUGCGCACUUUCCACUGUCGCUUUUGCAUCUUCGACCCACGUUAUGAUCAUCGACUUUUCAAGACAGGGAAAGGGAGGGGGGAAUCUUCGUGCUUCAGGAAAGCGCUAUGCCCUAGACUUGCUAGAAUAUAUUGUUCUGUGCAGCCCUUAUCCGAAAUACGCCUUUCGCAUGGACAACGUAGCACUAUCGCUCAUACUUGACCUUAAUUUGCCUAUCGUCAAUGGUGUAGACCUAUUGGACCUUCAGUCUAACCGACAAUCCUUCGAGUCAGUUCUCAUUGCUUUGGGCGGCAAAAGCUAUCACACCCAGCUCGAUCGUAACAACGUCGCGGCUCUGUUUCAGCAGGAGGAAAGCAGUCAGACGCUUGAAAAGCACACCGCUUUGCAAGCAUGGUCAGCAUGCCGCGCAGCGAUGCUUGACCACAUGGCGGCCGCAAGCGACGCUCCGAAGAUCUCUACGUUGAACUUCGAUCAAGCACGCUUAAUGGUUCUGGCAAAGAUUAAUCGACAAGCGCACCGUCUGACGGAUUUGAGGCCUGUCAGAAUGCGCAAUGAAGUUGAAGCAGCGUUUAGCCACAAGUCCGGCAAACUGAAUGUUUCUUCUGCUAGAUUCAAGAAUCGAAUCAGACAAUCAGGUGCAUGGCAGGUGGGCAUGCAGACCAUGGAAAUCUCAUCCACUGAUCCGAAUGGUCAACCCAAGACUAGCCCCGGCCGUGUCCUUAGAGUUAACGGACGUGCUGCAACGAUCGCAAUUCAAGGCCACUUGUCAACCCAAGCUCCCCUCAAAGUUACAACUAUAGGUAGAGAAGAGCCGACUCAAGCUGAGGAGGCCAGAGCUAUGAUAAUUCUCGCUGCUCUACAGCAGUCAUCUGCCAUCCUCGACCACCCGUUCAUCCAAGCACUCUGGUUCCCACGAUCACAAAUAUCCUGGGCUACCAUUCCAUCUUUUACUCGCAGCGUUACCAUCAACUUCCCAGGCCAAUUGAACGACUCUCAGCGUUGCGCAGUCGAUCUUAUCCUUUCAAACCGUGAUGCCGAUAGGGUCACCGUGAUUCAAGGGCCCCCAGGUACAGGGAAGACGACUGUCAUAGCAGCCGCAGUCACGAGUAUAGUCGCGUCCACUGACCGGAAUCGGACACUAUGGCUUGUAGCACAUUCCAAUGUUGCUGUCAAGAACAUUGCGGAAAAGCUGGCAUCGAUUGGAUUCUUAGGGUUCAAGAUUCUCGUCUCGAAAGACUUCCACUACGACUGGCAUGAGCACUUGUAUAGAUUGAUAGAAUCCAACCUUGUCCGUUCGGAUGAUUUUGUCCCCGACAGAACGGCUAUGGAAAGGCAGCUUCUAGAUUCGCGCAUCAUACUGUGCACCCUCAGUAUGCUGUCCAAUGACAGGAUGUCCACUAUUGCUCAGAUAGUGCCAGUCCAAACAAUCAUCUUCGACGAAGCAAGUCAGAUCGAAGUCGGUGACUAUUUGCCUGUGAUACACCGAUUUGCAUCUUCAUUGCGGAAGAUGGUCUUCAUUGGAGACCAUAAACAGCAUCGUAUACCUAGGCAAAUUGGGGAUUUUAUAUCCGAACAUGUCUAUAACAAGCAACUCAAAACGGUCCAUGAUAUAUCAUCGAAGAUCUGCUGCCGUUUUGUCAACGUAUCGGGUGGACGAGAAGGGGAAAGAAGUAGAAGUUGGAUUAAUGAGAAGGAAAUUCAAGCUGUGGUCAAGAUUGCAAAAAUAAUGCAGGACCGCGGCAAAUCAUUCAAGGUGAUAACACCAUACGACGCGCAGAGGUCCACCAUCGAGGAUGCGCUAAAGGACGCUAUGCUGAAUUGGAAGGAUAAAUGUUACAAUGUCGACUCCUUUCAGGGAAACGAGGAUGACUAUAUCAUUGUUUCCGUCGUACGGUCUAAGAAGCUCGGUUUUCUCGUAAAUGAACGCCGUGGAAUGAUUAUAUGCUCUAGCCGCGCUUUCUUAGAAGGGAUUGGUUCCCGGUCUUUGAUCGGGAGAUUAGCAGCACGGAUGGGUACUAGAUCAUGGGUUGAAUACCAUGAAGUAUUAAACGGCGGAUUUCCUACAAUUUAG